UAGAUUUGACAAACCAUACUGUCGGUAGUUGAGAAUUGUGCACCCACCCUAGAUUAUUAAUAAACAGUCUUGAAGUCCAACUCGAGUAUCAUUGACGCCUACCCUGACAUGGCGCAGCCGGAAAUUAUUUAAAUGGUUCAAACAAAGAUAAAAUAGUAUAAAAAGUUAUAAUAUUUAAUUAACAGGACUCAGUUGUUUAUAUACUAAAAUGGAAACAGUGCUUACGCCUCCGUUACCGUUUACUUAUGAUCAAAGUUUAUUGAACAUUACUACGGGCAGUUUAAGUGAUAGUUGGAAAAAAUGGAGUAAGGGAUUUACAAUAUAUUUCGACGCGUGUGAACUUUCUAAAAAAACAUCGGCCAUACAAAUAAAUAUAUUGCUUCAUAUAGUGGGUGAACAGUGCAGGGAAUUGUAUGAACAACUAAAUGUGAAGUGUACUACGGUAGAACAGGUUUUGGACGAAUUUAAAAAAUAUUUUGAUCAAAAGAAAAACUUAACGGUUGAGAGGCAUCGAUUUUUUACGCGAAAUCAGGCAGAAAGUGAAACAAUUGAACAAUAUGUGUUUGAUUUAAAGAAAUUAUCAACUUCAUGUGAGUUUGGAACUUUAUGUGAUUCCUUAAUUAAGGAUAGGUUGAUAUGUGGCAUCGCGAGCAAAGCUAUUCGGGAGAGAUUAUUACGUGAAGCCGACUUGACUUUAGAACAAGCUAUGGAGAUUUGUCGAGCGGCUAUAGUAUCUAAAGUGUAUUCGGAAAAAAUUGUUGAAGACUCGCAAGAGAAAUCGGUACAUAACAUAACGACGGGUGACAACAACAAUUCAUUGCAAGAUAAUAAUGUAUGGCAAAUAUCACAAAGAGGAGGUUACGGUCGCGGCCGUGGACGGUUCGCGGGGUCGCGAGGCGGCCGUGGCGCCGGGCGCGGCGCGGGAGCUUGGAGCAGGAGCGGUUGGCGCGCGCAGGACUCGACCGUGUCGGCGCGAGCGGCGGCUGGCGCGGGCGGGAGCGCCGCUGGUGCUCGUAGUGCGGCGCAUAAUGUGUAUAAUAACGGUACUCGUUGUUGUAACAAAUGUGGUACAACGCACGGAAACUAUGCGUGCCCAGCGUAUGGGAAACGUUGUUUACGGUGUUCGCGCAUGAAUCACUUUUCGCGUAUGUGUGGCGUAUAUCAAAUUGAGGAGUCGGACCAACAGGUAAUAUAUUGUCUUAAUAAUGAGAUAGAUGAAUGGUCGAUUGUUUUAAAUAUUAAUAGCCAUAAUUUAAGGUUUAAACUUGAUACGGGAGCCGAAGUUAAUGUUUUGCCAUUACGCUACUUAUCUCAAGUUGGUUUAAGCAAAGAAAAUUUAAUGGUUACCACGUCGCGGCUUCACGGUUAUUCUGGAAAGAACUUGGAAGUUCUAGGCAAAUGUUUUUUGAAAGUGGUAUAUAAAGAUAAUGUAUAUUUUUUGGAAUUUAAAGUGGUGGAUGUGCCGUCCUCUCCUGUAUUAGGUAAAUAUGAUUGCAAGGUAAUGAAUUUGGUUAAAAGAGUAUUUGCAGUGAGUGAAAUGGAGCAAUUGAACUCUCCGGCUUUUGUUACGGAAUAUAAAGAUGUAUUUCAGGGUAUAGAUUGUUUGCCUGGUAGUUAUACAAUUAGAGUGAAUCGCGAAUGCAAGCCUGUGGUGCACGCUCCAAGAAAGGUACCAAUACCAUUGCGAGAAAAACUAAAGGCAAAGUUAGAAGAUAUGGAGCGACAAGAUAUCAUAGCAAAGGUUGAGGGCCCUACUGAUUGGGUCAACAGCAUGACUAUCGUAAAAAAACCAAAUGGAGAUCUUAGGAUAUGUUUAGACCCGAAAGAAUUGAAUCAAGCUAUAAAACGAGAACACUUUAGGUUGCCUACGUUAGACGAAAUAGUUUCGAAUUUGUCAGGGGCUCAGUAUUUUAGCACACUAGAUGCUACUAAAGGGAUGGUUUCCUUAGGUCGCGUGGUCCGAUCGACUAGUCCGAUCAAUCGGAAUACGAAGUUUUUUUUUCCUGUUGGCUCGAUUGAUCGGACUAUAAAGACUUAGAAAAUCCUGUCAGUCCUACUAUCGGUGUAAUGGGAUUUUAAAAGUUCGUCUAGUUCGAUCGAUCGAACCACGAGGACGUUUUUUUUCCUGUUGCAUCGACUGAUCGGACGUAACCGUAGACUAAUAAUAACCGUAGAUAAUUCCGCGUCGAAAAGCUAGCCAUACACGGACGGUUUUGCCCGUCGGAUCAGCCCGCCAGAUGUACCGCCAGCGGGCACAUCCGUGCGUGUGUGUCGAGAAAUAUAGAUACGGAUCUGCCCGCCGGGCACCCGUCCGCAGGCAAAUCCGUCGGUGUGUGGUGAGAUAUAGCCACGGAUGUGCCCGAUCCGACGGGCAAAACCGUUCGUGUAUGGCUAAUUAAAGUGAGAAAACACUUUUGAGAUGUUGGUAGAUUACAAAAGUAACCAUGAAAGUACCGGUCGGACAAACAGGAAAAAUAAAAAUUGUGUGAUCGGAUUAAGAGGAUUUUUCAAGGUCUCGUGGUUCGAUCGAUCGAACUAGACGAACUUUUAAAAUCCCAUUACACCAAUAGUAGGACUGACAGGAUUUUCUAAGUCUUUAUAGUCCGAUCAAUCGAGCCAACAGGAAAAAAAAAACUUCGUAUUCCGAUUGAUCGGACUAGUCGAUCGGACCACGCGACCUA